AUGGCGGCAGCACCAAUUGCGCGAACAAAGUUAUCGGUCUCAGCAAGAAUGACUUGCAAGGCAGGCCGUACCACCGCUAGUAGCUCCAGGAUCGAGAGCAGAGGGCUCGAGACCGGUUCCCAGUCUUAUUGCGCUAUUGAUUUGAAGGUUGCCUAUGUCGAGUUGGCGGAAACAAAUGUGUUCAUCGAUUCCUUCAACACGCGAAAUCAAUUGAACAAGCCCCACCGCAUUGCGGCAUUCGCAGUUCGACUUGCCGAGGGAGUUUGGGGGUUCUGCUGCGGACCAGAGGUUGCCCGACUAGCCGAUGGAGGAGCAGUUAACUACACUAUACGGAUUGUUUCAUACCCCCACUCGCGCAAAACUAGUCCCUCCGGCGCCUCAAAAAUCGACGAGGGCCAGCUCGUAAGCCUAACGAUUGCCCAUGGGGGCGUAGAAGGGAGCAAAACGAUUACAGUCAACGGGAGCGGUCACUUCAUCGCAAGUAACAGAGUCGGGCUGGUGUUAAAUAUUAUGCUCAUUCUGAAACGAGAGGGACAUAUCUGA